AUGAACCCGAGCCAGUUCACUCGAUGGUCCCUGUACUCCUUCGAUUACGACGGAGAGAAUUUGGUGCCAAUCUGGGCGGUCGUCAAAUUUGAACGUUUCACGGGGGAAAUGGACAUCACCUCUUUAGAAUGCUAUCCUCUGUCUCUACACGAGAACGUGAAGGACAUUAUUGAGGAGCAAAAGGCUUGCGGCAAGCUUUUUCUGAAGUGCAUCAGGAGUAGCGCAAAGCAUCACUACUAUUCGGGCUGGACCUUCAUCACAGGUCUGUUUGCGGAGCCUUUGCUAGAUGACGGAGGUCGAGAAUUGCACUUUCCCGAGCAUAUCGAGAGCGAAAUUGUCGUUGAUUUCAAGGAAACACUUCAGAGCUAUCCCGGAUGGGAAACCUACUCAGGAUCGCCUCAGCCUUGGGUUGGCUCGUCUUGGGAUUCGGAACCUUACGCUGAGUACCCCCUGAAGAUCUGGGACGAAGACGCCAGAACGUUUCCACAGCCGCGCCUAUCGUACCCUGUGAAUACUUCAAUCGUCAUUGAAGAGCAAGAACUGUACGAGUCUGAAGCGAAGGCAUGGUUCGAUCGUGAUUCCUUCUUGGGCAAAAAGACAAAUUGGAAGGAAUGGAGUUGGUCAGAUGAAGAUAUCGCCCUCCUACCCCGACGGGUAUUCGCCUACAUUUUACGAGAGCGCAAGUUCACACGCAUUGACGUCAGAAGCAUCGAGUUCAAUACCAACCAAGGCAAUCUUACUCUGGAUCAAAUCCAGAUGAAGCCCGAACGCAGGAGAAUGAUUCGGUCAGCUGUUGCGGCACACUUCAGGGGCAAACAAGGUCCUUCUACGUCCGAUCUUGACCCUAUCAGAGGAAAGGGAAAGGGCCUUGUAAUACUGUUACAUGGCGCUCCUGGUGUUGGAAAGACAGCGACAGCAGAAGCAGUUGCCGCUGAGACCGAGAGGCCGUUAUUUCCUAUCACAUGUGGCGAUCUCGGGUUCUCGCCUGCAGCAGUCGAAAGGUCUGGGAAGGAUAUUUUCCGCUAUGCCCACUUGUGGAACUGCAUUCUUCUGUUUGACGAAGCUGAUGUGUUCCUCACACAGAGGGAACGCGGCGCUGGAAAUCUGGAACGCAACGCUCUCGUGGGAGUGUUCCUGAGAGUGUUGGAGUAUUAUAGCGGGAUCCUGUUCCUCACGACCAACAGGGUUGGUGCCCUCGAUGAAGGCUUUCGGUCCCGUGUGCAUCUCAGUCUGUGCUACCCCAAUUUGAGUCUUGCCGACACAAUCAAGAUCCUCGAGGCAAAUCUAAGACGUUUGCCCAGAUUGGAGUAUGCUAAAUAA